AACGGGGGAGAAAAGAAAUCCCAGAAGUUCCCUAUAUAUCGUAUUAUCGUUGAAAACCACCAUUGAUCGCUAAAGCUGAGCAGCAAGUGAGCAACAAUGUCAAUGAGUACAAAAGUCAUAAUAUCAGUGACAUUAUUUGCCACAGUAUUCGACAUUUACUAUCAUCGCAUUACCAUUCCCUCUUGCACAAUCGCUUUCCCUAACCCUAUUCAUGCACUUCCAGUUCCUGCUGAUUCAGAUCAUAAUUCACAAGAUUUCACAGCCAUUCUCGUCUCCGAUUUGCUGUUAAGCGGGUCCGAUUCCUCCUACUUUGAUGUUUUCUUCAGAGACUACUUUUUGUCCCAGUUUUUCGAGAAAUCUUUUGAAAAUUUGAAGCCUGAUAUGCUUUUAGUGCUUGGAGAUGUUUCCGCAAAAGGAUUUGAGUUGACAACUAAAAAAUGGUCUUCUGUGGUAGAGCAAUUUCAAAGGAUGAUAGGUCCAUAUCUUCACCUUCCUUUUCAUGUUACUCUGGGUGACAGGGAUAUCGGUGAAUGUAGUAAGUUGAAGACCAGCGUGGUUCACCGGGUUGCUAGCAGUUUCCCAGAGCUGAAUCACGGAGGUUGUGGUAGCUUUGAGAUGAGCAAUGUUAGUUUCAUCUCACUCAAUGCCAUGGCAUUGCUUUGUGGCAACAAUGAACUUCUAUCAGGCGUUGAGACAGUAAUUGAAAACGAAAGUGCGUACCUACGAACAAUAUAUGAAGAUGUAAUAGACCAAACAGUCAAAUUGAACGCAGCCAGUGAAACUUCCUAUGAAUCUUAUCAGCACAGAUGGAGAGACAAUCCUGCAUCAUCACAAUCAGGCCCUGUCCUUUUGCUUCAUAUUCCGUUGCAACAGAUGUCAAAUAGCUACUGCAGUCAAGAGAGCAGCUUCAGUACCAUUUGGGACUCUCUUCCAGACAAUCUGAAGUUACUAUGGAGGAGGGAUGCUGAUUCAAGACCAUACAAUUUGCUGCACACCGUUCCACCAAAUGCAUCUGAAUACAUCUUUCAGGCACUUAAACCCAGGAUGAUUUUCAGUGCUCACAGCCAUAAAUUUUGUGAUGUAAUACACCCAGAUGGGACGCGUGAGAAGGAGAAGCCUGUUGGAAUUUUUCAGAAGAACAAACUGCAGAUUCUGGUGUCAGAUUCUGGUGCUCGUCGCUGCAGAUGCGUUUUCAGAUGAUAAGUUCUGGAAGGAUUUCUGUUUGGUUUGCCAUCAAAUUGGCCAAGUGUCAUUCUAACUGAGAACAGAUUGUGGAGUGCCCUAUCAACCUCCUCUUUUUGGAGUUUGUUCUGUUAAAUGGCUACUUUUGUAUGCUGCUUCAGGUAAGAACCACAGUUCAUAUCUAUGUCUAUGGUUCAACUAGUGUCAAACUGUCAAUAUCCAUGACUAGGAUUUAAUCUCAUGGAAAAUAUUACCGAGUAUCUUAAAGAUCAGGGGAACAAAUUAACUGUAUUAGAAAGAUGGGUUUAAACUAAGACUAGUAAUGUAAUGUAAUGCCCUUUGCUUGCCCUCAAAUGGUGCAGUUAUUAAAAAAACGAGGAAGUAUAUGACUUCCUGAAGUAGAUGUUAUAAACUUAUAAGCGAUUCUGAUUCACAUAAGCCAUUGCAGGAGGUUAUGACUUAUAGAUGCUUUUAUGUGUAAUCAUAAAAAAAUGUUUACAGCAUAAUUUCAUCGUUGCAUAAUUUUUGUUCCAAAUUACAGAGAUUAGAUGAACACUUUGCUUUCUCAGUGGCUGCCUGAUUUCCUUUUGUAGUAUUACAACUACAAGAAUAAUCAUAUUUGAUAUUUCCUCUGAUGUUGGCAGGUUACCCCUAUUAUUUAGGGUUGAUGUUCAUGGUGUCAGUCGGUCAAGCAACAUGAACGGAAAUCGGGAACUCUUGAUCGCCCACAACUAAAAGGUGAGUGCCUUCCUCUACCACCAUAAGCCCGUUUUCAUCAGCUCUGCUCAGGUGUUCACAAGGGUUUAAUUUAAAAAGGACUUCUGUUUUUUCCCCUGCUUUCAAGUUAACACUCUCGAACCCGACUAACGUCUUUACCGGACUUCCGUCGGUGGCGUUUUCUUGCCUCGUGUACAACAACACCGGGUGCUUUCCUUCCAUGUCCCCUUCAUUGCUCACUCCAACAGUAGCUGCAAACUUCAUCGUCUUACAGGAUUCUGACUCCAUAUCUGAAACUACAGCAUACCUUGUAGAAUCAACAGUUUUAGCCACCUUGAGAUUUCCUACUGAAUUCAGAUUCAGACUUGUCUGUGGAACUGAAAUGAACUUGUACGAGUAGGUUGUGUAACUUAGACCGUGUCCGAAUUCAAAGACUUUCCUGCCUUUGUAGAACCUGUAAGUGCGCCCCGGGUAUCC